CUGCUGCUGCUGCCGCUGCUGGCCCGCGGCGCCCCGACCCCGGGCGACUUCCUGCCCCCCGACACGGAGGUGGUGGUGCCCUCGCGGCUGCCCGGCAGCGUGGACGGCGAGCUGGUGUUCACCAUGACCGCCUUCGGCCAGACCUUCGUGCUGAACCUGAUGCCCGACGCCAGCUUCCUGGCGCCCGAGUUUAAGGUGGAGUUCAUCGGGGGCUCCUACGGCGCCACCGAGGAGGACCUGCAGCCGCGCGGCUGCUUCUACUCCGGCACCGUCAACGGGGAGCUGCAGUCGCUGGCGGCCGUGAGCCUGUGCCACGGGCUCAGCGGCUCCUUCGUGUUCUACGGCCAGGAGUACACAGUGCAUCCCCGCGACGGCGGCGGCAGCGUCAUCGGCCAGCCGCAUCUCCUGCAGCGCUGGGGCCCCUCCACCUUGCCCACCGCCGGCUCGCCGGACCCCCUGGAAGAGAAGUCGAGGCAGAAGCGGGAGGUGCGCGGCGACAUGCCGGAGCGCGACGACGACGACGAAGACGUAGGAGCGACCGGCCCGCACGAUGAGGACGACGACGACGACGACGAAGGCGUAGAAGCGACCAGCCCGACCACCCCGACGCCCCCGCGGCGCCGCAAGCGGUUCGUGACUCAGCCGCGCUACUUGGAGACGGUGCUGGUGGUCGAUGAGACUGUGCUGCGGUUCUACGGCGCCCAGCUGCAGAACCACAUCCUGACCCUCAUGUCCGUGGCUACUCGCAUCUUCAAGCAUGCCAGCAUCAAAAACCACAUCAACCUGGUGUUGGUGAAGAUGCUGGUAAUAAGAGAUAGCACUUGGGGCCCGAGAUCAUCCCAAGACGGAGAGACGUUGCUGAGGAACUUCUGCUCCUGGCAGCGCGACUACAACCCAGCCAGUGACAGCCACCCGGAACACUAUGACACGGCUGUGCUGCUCACCAGAAAGAGCUUCUGUCUGGAUUCCAGAGCCUGUGACACCCUGGGCCUGGCGGACAUUGGCGGCAUCUGUGACCCCAAGAAGAGCUGUGCCAUCGUGUUGGACCAGGGGCUGCAGUCUGCCUACACCCUGGCCCAUGAACUGGGGCACAUCCUCGGCACUCACGAUGACUCGAAAUCCUGCGAAAGCAAGUUUGGCACCCUGAGCAAGAACCACCUCAUGGCCUCCUACUUCCAAAGGAUCAACCGGACCCUGCCCUGGUCCAUCUGCAGCUCCACCUUCCUCACGGACCUCCUGGACAAGGGGAAAGGAGAUUGUCUCCUAGAUCAGCCCAUUAGUGCCCUGGUCUUGCCCACGGGUCUCCCAGGCAUCAACCCGUUCUACAACCUGAACCAGCAGUGCCGGCAUCUCUUCGGACCCACCUACGUCCACUGCAACGAUUUGCAGGUGGAGCCCUGCAGCAAGCUCUGGUGCCGCGAGAGUGUCCGCAGCUCCAUAUGCAUGUCCAAGAGCGCAGACCCUCAGUGGUUGGAUGGCACCUCCUGCGGAAACGGGAACCUGUGCCUGAUGGGACAAUGCCUGCCCAGGGAGGAAGUGGAGAAGUCCAGGACUGCUGUAGACGGCAACUGGUCCUCCUGGGGAUCCUGGGGACAAUGUUCCCGGACCUGCGGGGGAGGAAUCCAGUACGCACAUCGAGAAUGUACCAACCCUGCACCGAAGAACGGAGGCGAAUACUGCGUGGGACAGAGGACCAGCUACCGCUCCUGCAACACGCAGGAGUGCCCAGAUAGGAAGACUUUCAGGGAGGUGCAGUGUGAGCAGUACAACAACAUCAAUCACACGGACUUCGAAGGGAACGUGGUUCAGUGGCUGCCCAAGUACUCGGGGGUGCUAGAACGGGACCGCUGCAAACUGAUCUGCAGAGUUCGGGGGAAACUGGAGUACAAAAUGUUCGGCCAGGUGGUGGACGGCACCCCGUGUGGGCUGGACACAGAUUCCGUCUGUGUGAACGGCCAGUGUAUCGAGGCCGGCUGCGACCACGUGAUAGGCUCACUCAAGAAGCGGGACCAGUGCGGGGUGUGCGGGGGCAACGGCAGCACAUGUGAAACAUAUACCGGCAUCUUUAACCCCACCAGUUACGGCUACAACGACAUCGUCACCUUCCCAGCUGGCACCACCUACAUCGACAUAAAGCAGCGGAGUUACCCCGGGUUCCUGAACGACGGGAACUACCUGGUCCUGAAGGCCGCCAACGGGGAGUACCUGCUCAACGGGGACCUGUUCGUGAUGCCCUCAGAGCACGACGUCUACCUGAACGGGACCACCAUCCUGUACAGCGGCUGCAUGGUGAGCCUGGAGCGCCUGCAGACCUUCGAGCCGCUGCCCGAGCCCCUGACCCUCCAGCUCCUGACCAUCGCCGGGGAGCAGCCGCCCCCCACUAUCAAGUUCUGCUUCGCGCUGCCCAACGACGUGGAAUUCAACAGGCCCAUCCGCGUGCAGAGAACCUCAGGCGACAAGCCCCAAGCCCUGAGAGCUGCAGGCGUCACCGAGGUGCACCUGGAUGAGGCACAGUGGUUCGUCGGGGAAUGGUACAACUGCUCCAGCACCUGUGGUGCCGGCUGGCAGCUGCGUCUUGUGGAGUGUCGCCUGCCCUCGGGCGAGCUGGCCACCACCUGCGACGAGGAGGAGAAACCCGCCGACUUCAAGGCCUGCAAGAACCAGUGCCCGGAGUGA